AUGGGAGGCGCGGGCUGGGCGCGGGGCGAAGCUCGCGUAGCUGACGACUCCGACUUCGAGACGCUGAAGCAGCUAUUGGCCUCUGAAGACGGUUGGAACCUGGAGUAUGAACGUGAUGGCGUCAAAGUCUGGGCCGAAAACGCCGCGCACGGCGCGUUGCGUACGGUUAAGGUCGUUGCGGAGUUUGAGGACGUGGAGCCCGAUGCGCUUUAUGACGUACUCCACGACCCUGAGUACCGGUCGGUAUGGGAUACGCACAUGCUGGGCGCGGAAGACGCCGGGCAUAUCAACGUUAACAACGACGUUGGAUAUUACGCGAUGUCGUGUCCAGCUCCGCUCAAAAACAGGGAUUUCGUGCUGCAGCGGUCCUGGCUCGAUACAGGCGAUGAGAAGAUGAUCUUAAACCACUCAGUAUAUCACAAGGACUACCCUCCCAGAAAGGGCUUUGUCAGGGCAGUGUCAUUUUUGACCGGCUUUGUAGUACGAGUGAGACAAGGGAAAGGCAGCUGGCUGGGGUACGUGUCGCGAUCUGAUCCUCGUGGCGCAUUGCCUGCUUGGCUUGUGAACAGAGUGACUGCACAAUUGGCACCACGUCUGGUGCACCAGCUACAAGCAGCAGCUCGUCGGUAUCCCGGCUGGAAAGCGUUGACGGAUUCACCCUACUAUAAACCCUGGAGGCAUCCUGAACAAGUCCCCUCUAAAAGGAUCUCGCUGGAGGAUUGUAUAGACCCCGAUGCCCCGCCUCCCCCUCAAGAGCCUAAACCAAACACAUCUAAGGUUAAACUUGAAGUGCCGCAACCUAAAGAAAUAGAAAGCCAUAGCAUAGAAGAUUUAGGAGACAUAUCAUCUGAGUUUAGUGUGGAAGUAGAAGAAGAAACAUUAGACCAUGCACAGGAUCCAACAAAGAAGAAAGGAAAAUUCUAUAGACUGGUAAAAUCAAUGAAAAAUAGAAGAAAAAGCGUGCAAGUUGCCAAAAGUGCUGAUAAUUUAGAUGAUGCUAAACCUCCAGAGGAGAAGCAAGAGAAGAAGAAACCGUUCAAGUUCCACCGCAGAUUUAGCUUAAGCAGAGGCAGGGAGGACUAA